UUGUCCAUCUCUAUGUUGUAACCACGCAGGGUUGUUUUAAGUCCUACUGCUUGGCAUAGACCUUAGACAACUCUUGCUCUCGCCUGAGGAUGUCAAACCAGUUGGAUGACGAGCCCGGUGUCUUGCCAGCAGCUGUCAGCUGCAACGUCUGCUUUUGCUAGCGUUGGUGUCGUCGGGGGAACAGCCGUGACGGGGGAAAUCGAGGGUGGGGGGAUAUCGUGCGGAGAAGAGGAAGAAGAAGAAGAGGAAGAAGAAGAGGAAGAAGAAGAAGAGGAAGAAGAAGACGAGGACGAAGAAGACGAGGACGAAGAAGACGACGAGGACGAAGAAGACGAGGAGGACGAAGACGACGAGGACGAAGACAAGGAGGAAGACGAAGAAGAGGAAAAGGAAGAAGAGGAAGAAGAAGAAGAAGAAGAAGAAGAAGAAGAAGAAGAAGAAGAAGAAGAAGAAGAAGAGGACGAAGAAGAAAAAGAAGAAGAAGAAGAAAAAUAAGCUCUCUCUCUCUCUCUAUCUCUCUCUCUCUCUCUCUCUCUCUCUCUCUCUCUCUCUCUCUCUCUCUCUCUCUCUCUCUCUCUCCCUCCCUCCCCCCUCCCCUCCCCAACUGAGUCCCUUACCUUGUCGAUGGCGGCCGUUGGCGGGCGAUGGCGGGGUCACGCACGAUGGCGGACGUUGGCAGGUGUCGGCGGGGGUUCGUCGAAGAAGCGCGUCGAAGCUGCACGUC